GAAAAUUGAAAAGUCAAAAACCCGCGCUCUCUCCCAUUUUUCAAAAUGGAAGAAGACCACCAAUGGGAGCUCUGCAACGACGACGGCUUCGUCUUCAAGCGCAAGCGCCGCCGCAUCGACGCUCCACCGCCGCCAGAGGCCGACGAAUCGGCGGCGGACAACCUUCGGAGAGAGCGUAAGAAACAAACCCUACUCAAGCUCAAAUCGAAGUACGAGAAAGAGAUUCUUCACUGGGAAUCAUUGUCGAACACCUUGCUCGCACUGCAACAACGCACUGCUCUUCACUCUCUUCAACAACAACAGCAGCAGCAGCAACGACUAAACCAAGCCCAAUCCCUCCCUUCUCCUUCCUCCUCAACCGACUCCGCCGGUAGCUCCCUUCUCCGCGACCUCCUAUUGCAGGUGGAGGCGCAGGAAGCGAUAAUUCGCGAUGUGUCAAAUUUAUGCGACAUAGCAGAAGCUGUGUGCGUUAAGAGGGAAGAACAGUUCAAACAAACCUUGUUUGAUCUUCCAAUUUGGGCAUCACCGAAUGACCUCAUGGAAGUGCUAUGUGGUGAUGAUGAUGAUGACGAUGAUUGAAGCCGCUAUUGCUUUGCACAAUGCCACAACCGAUUUUAUUAUCCGUAAGUGUAACUCUUUAGCACAGUGAUUUCGUGUAGAUUAGGCAUUUGGCAGAGUGGUAAAUAUAUUUAUAAAUUGAUUGUGUUGUGAAGAAUAUCUUUAGCCUGAUGAAUGAUAAGAAUAUAUAUAUGACGAGUUUUAGAAGGGGAGGGGAAGAUGGAAUGUGGUUUUGUAUAAAAUUCAUUAAUUUUUAGAAUCUAAUGCCGUUAUGUAUUUUGAUUA